CUGUUCCACUAUUAAAACUUACUGAUCUUCGUCGUUUUCCUCUCUCGUGUUGACCUUGACCGGCCAUAAUCUGAGGCAUACACCGGUGAUAAUAUCGCCGGAGAAAUAUCGGGCUCCGGCACCUAAUCUUCUAUUACAACAUCAGAACCAUGACUCCAGAGUAUGAUUACCUGUUCAAGCUUCUUCUCAUUGGAGAUUCUGGUGUUGGCAAAUCCUGUCUUCUUCUGAGAUUUGCUGAUGAUUCAUAUAUAGAGAGUUACAUAAGCACGAUCGGGGUCGAUUUUAAAAUACGUACUGUGGAGCAAGAUGGGAAGACCAUAAAACUCCAAAUUUGGGAUACUGCUGGACAAGAACGGUUUAGGACGAUCACUAGUAGCUACUACCGAGGGGCACAUGGUAUCAUAGUUGUCUAUGACGUGACAGAUCAAGACAGCUUCAAUAAUGUGAAGCGAUGGCUGAAUGAAAUUGACCGAUAUGCUAGUGAUAAUGUGAACAAGCUUCUGGUUGGAAACAAGAGCGACCUUACUGCAAAUAAAGUUGUAUGCUAUGAAACAGCAAAGGCAUUUGCAGAUGAGAUCGGUAUUCCUUUCAUGGAAACCAGUGCAAAAGAUGCCACUAAUGUGGAACAAGCUUUCAUGGCCAUGGCCGCUGCAAUCAAGGAUAGAAUGGCAAGCCAACCAGCUAUGGACAAUGCGAGACCUCCAACGGUGCAGAUACGAGGACAGCCUGUUGCUCAGAAGAGUGGCUGUUGCUCCUCUUAGGUGAAAAAAGAAGACUUCUGUUGGCUUAUGCAUGACAUGUAAGAUCAUCAAUCUGUUUUCAUUCUCUUGCAAUUAGAAACUUGUUCCAGAUGAAUAUAGAACUGCGACAUGGUCUGUUCUUUGCUUGCAUUUGGGCAAAUGGUUACCAAUCUGUUUGUACAAAUUAGAAAAGCUAAUAGGUAAUUUAUGUUGUUGUUUGUGUCACACCCAUUCUUUUAAAUUGAACGUAGUCUGAUUGUAUGUUUUAGAUUCUGUGGAUAAUGGCAUUCGCCAUGGAAAUGAAAUAGAUGAACUUUUCAUUUAAAUGACA